AUGAGCAAUGAUAUCACUAAGAGUAGGACGUAUUCUUUGGGAGAACGUUAUCAGAUAGCACAAAACAUCCGGGUCUGCAAGUUUAUUUUCCACACGGUCAUCUGGAUAGGCUUACUAAACGUGAUUUCUGCCCUUUGCCUCCUCGUGGACGAUUUUGAAAUGUCGAUUUAUUACCGGAACAUUAUCGUGAUUAUAUUCAACUACUCGUUACUGAUAUAUGGUAUCACUAUUGUGAUAGUAAUGUGCUGGUAUAACGACGGUCUGAGAGCUGAACUGCAGAAAUUAAGAGAGCAGCUUUGCUGUACUUCGAAAACGCAUCCGGAAUUUGUAAGUGUGGUGUCAACAAUGGGCUACGAGGCACAUGUGCAUCAGAGACAACACGCUGCUCUCUACUUCAAUAUGCUCAAAAAGGACUGGUCUUAA